AAUACUACUAAUAUUAAACUGUUGACUUAAAAAUUUAAAAUAAAGGAAAAAUAGGAAAUGACAGUAAUAAAAUAUUGGAAUUUAGAACUAGUCAGCUAGACUAAAAAAACAAAGAGACAAACAGUAGUAUAAUUAAAUUUAAUAUAGAGAUUAAAUAUACAUGUUGAAUUGUUGAGUAAAAAAAAAAAACAAAAAAGAGUCGCCGCUGUUAAUCUGAUACAUACAACAUAGCGCUCCCCCGAAUAGUCUUUCCUUUUUCGUUUCUAGGGUUCUCUCUCCUCUCUUCUCUCUCUCACAAUAUAUAAUCUCUCUUUCUCUCUCUCUCCGAAUCCAAAAUACAGAGCUUGGCUGAAAGAGAGGGAAAAAUAAAAUAAAAAACCGAUCUUUGGCUGCUCUUUUUUUUUUGUUGGUUUCUCUCCGUACAUUCUCACCGCCGGUGUUUUGCGAGCAGAUGGAGGGACGCGCGGCUGAAGAUGUGUUUAAGGACUUUAGGGGAAGAAGAGCUGGUCUCAUCAAAGCUCUCACUACUGAUGUACGCAAGUUUUACGAUAAGUGUGACCCUGCCAAUGAAAACUUGUGUCUCUACGGACUUCCAAAUGGGUCGUGGGAGCUUAAUCUUCCUGUCGACGAGGUCCCUCCUGAGCUUCCUGAACCAGCUCUUGGCAUCAACUUCUCAAGGGACGGUAUGCCAGAGGAAAACUGGGUCUCUUUGAUUGCUGUUCACUCUGACUCUUGGCUCAUCGCUGUUGCCUUCUACUUUGGUGCUCGUUUCUCUUUUGAUAAAAACGAGAGGAUGAGGCUGUUCAAGAUGAUAAAUGAUCUCCCAACCAUUUUCGAGGUUGUAACUGGCAACGCAAAGCAAUCCAAGGAUCAGUCUGGUAACAGUGGCAGAAGCAAGUCUGGUGGUGUCAAGGCUCGCCAAUCUGAAUCUCAGACUAAGGCUGCAAAGAGAUCCCCCCCACCACCAUCAAGAGAAGAAAGUGAGAGCGGAGAUGAUGAUGGGGAGGAAGGCGAGGGGCAAGGUGAGUUUUGUGGGGUCUGUGGAGAGAGCGAUGAUGGAGAAGAGGAGUUCUGGAUAUGGUGUGAUACUUGUGAGAAAUGGUUCCAUGGAAAAUGCGUCAAGAUCACACCUGCAAGGGCUGAGCACAUCAAACAUUACAAAUGCCCUUCUUGCUGCGGUUCCAACAAGAAACACAGAGCUUGAAACAGUUGCAUUUGAUUGUGUAGUCUGAAUGUGAUUGAAACUACAGUUAGUAAUGUCUCUUUUUUUUUUCUUGUUGAUCUUUACUGUUAUUAUCAAAAUGCUGUGACUAAUUUUGUCUUGUGAUUCUUAUAAAAAUUAUGUCUUUAAAGGAGUCUAUAGUCAAUUAGCUAUUACUAUUUCUCUU